AUGUUCAAUGUUCUACGUGAUUACGACUAUUUACCGCAAAUGGUUAAAGAUCAAGAAUAUUUAUUCGGUAUUGCAACACAUUGCAUAGCAAUGACAUCUACGCUAUGGCUAACCUACAAGUUGAAAGACAGCCCUUCAUUGAAAUUACUUCCACAAGCUAUUCGUAUGAAGUUACGAUUAGGGAACGACCAUUCUGUUCGGCUGAUAAAUGGAACGCAACACUCCAUGGUAGCAGGACCGGCGCUGAAGUAUGGAUCAAGCGAUAACCAACGGCAGUCCGACGGGGUAAAGUCAGGAGGAAUGCAGUGA